GUGCGAAACUGGGCGAGGAAGUUCCUGACCGAUGCCUCCUGGGCCCCGGCCAGUAGCGGACCGCGCGGGGCUGUCUACUUCUUCGUUGGGAUGGUCCGCAACAUGGUGGCGUUGGGUCAAGAGCCGAGCUCGGAAGCGGAGCGGAUCUGCAAGUCCCAAAGGUAG